AUGGCCCACCUCUCGUUGGUGGCGAAGAGCUCUUCCGGUGAAGCCAUUUUAGCCUUGCAGAUGACGUCGCAGGAGUUGCUGGCCUGGGCGGAUCCUACGAAGCUCCCGGAGGAGGGGCGUGUGCCCUACUCCAGCUGCACGGCCAGCACCGAUGACGUGUCCACCGAAGGGCGUAAUGGACAGAAGCAGAGCCUGACAGGCACCAGGGACACUGAUCUCUCAUCCGGGAAGAUCUUUUUGGACGACGGGAGCAUUGUGGGAAAGAAUAUUUCCUACAGGCGCCGCAAGUGCGAUGCCAAGCUCCUGCUGAAGUUGCUGGAGCGACGUGAGCGACGCUCGAAGAGGAAACCGAAGAAGCCUUCCAAGGUGAAAGAGGCGGAGUCGGCAGAUUUCAACGACCAGAGCAGCCAGCAGAAGGUCUCUUUUCGCUGUGGCGGCUCUGAGGUGCGCUCCCAAUCGUCACGCCUGUCAGCUGCCAACAGCGUUGUACUGGCUUGUCGCCAGCUCCUGGGUCCUCUUCACGAGCACUUGCCGCCCCCGCAGUACAUCAGCCGCCGGAUGGAGGAUCACCUGCAGUGCUCGGCGGAGAUGGUGAAGUUGAAGACGUGCAGUGAGAUCGCCAGGCACCGGCAGAAGCAAGAGAUGGACGAUUGGAAGGCGCAAGCUGAGGCGCAUCAACUCAGCGUGAUGUUGGCAAAGAGUGCCUUGCCCAACAACACGCAGAUUCCGGAGCAGCUGUGGCGCUCCGAGGUGCUGGAGAAUCUCAAAAACUCGCACCCAGGCCCCAGGCGGUCUCCGGCCACUGAACGAUGA